UGAUACUUGACAGAUUCAUUCACGUUUGUUUUUGUAGGUAUUUCUUGGUUAUUUUGUGUUCCAAUUUUCAUUUUUAAUCCCACAGGGGAGAAUAACUUAGUACCCUGGUGUGUUGCUCGCAUAUAUAUUACAAAAAAUUAAUAAGUUGCAAAAUGGAAGAGUCAACCAUGGAAGACAAAAGUGUAAAUCCUAGGAAGAAGUUCAAAUAUUUGAAAGAUCAAGUUUCUGCAGCAACUUUAGAAGCUGUAAAGGGGAUGGGAUUUAAAAUCAUGACUGAUAUCCAGGCUGAAGUAUUACCAGAAGCGUUAGACGGGUCUGAUGUGGUAGCUACUGCUAAAACAGGUUCAGGCAAAACAUUGGCCUUUCUCAUACCAGCAGUGGAAACUGUUAUCAAAUGUAUGGAAAAACAGAUUGAAGGUACAUGUUGUAUUAUAAUAUCUCCAACGAGGGAGCUUGCCAUACAGACAUACAGUGUGCUGCAAGAACUUGUAGCACAUCAUGGGAACAUUACUUCAGCCUUGGUUAUUGGUGGAGAGAACAGGAAGAAACAAAGUCUAGAACUUUCCACAGGAGUUCACAUAGUAGUGGCAACACCUGGACGGCUAUUCGAUCAUAUGAGAACAAAAGAGUUUGAUUACAGAAAUGUCUGCUGUCUUGUAUUAGAUGAAGCUGAUAAAAUAUUCCAGUAUGGCUUUGAAGAAGACUUGAAACAAAUUAUAAAUAGAUUGCCGAAACAUAGACAAACAAUGUUGUUUAGUGCCACACAAUCUGAGAGAACUGAUGCAUUGAUCAAGUCAGCUAUGAAGGAAAAGGUUCACAAUAUAAAUACUGAUGAGGACAAUCUCAGAGCUACUGUGGAAGGAUUAAAACAGGGGUAUGCUGUGUGUGAAACAGAAUACAGAUUGUGGUGGCUACACAAGUUAUUAAAGAAAACGCGAAACUUCAAAAUAAUGGUGUUCUUCUCAAGCUGUAAGUCAGUAGAGUUUCAUCAUGAAUUCUUUAGCAAGUAUUGUGAAGCUCCAGUUUUAUGUAUUCAUGGAAAAAUGAGCCAGUCAGAUAGAACUGAUGUGAUAUCAAAUUUCUAUAAUGCUGAAAAGGUAGCAUUAUUUUGCACUGACUUAGCAGCAAGAGGGCUGGAUAUACCAGCUGUUGAUUGGAUAGUUCAAUUUGAUCCACCAUCAGAUGCCAAUGAAUAUAUUCAUAGAGUAGGCAGGACUGCAAGGGGCAUGGGAGCUGAGGGAAAUGCUGUCAUGUUAUUGAGACCAGAUGAGAUAGAAUUUGUAUCCUAUUUGAAGGAAUCCAAAAUAUUCUUAGACAAAUAUGAAUCAUGGGACAAGUUUUCGAAUUUACAACCUAAGCUUGAUGCAGCUAUGUCUGAUCCACAAUUUCAUGAAUUAGCAGUUGAAGCAUUCCAAGGGUACAUGAGAGCGUUUGAAGUAAAAAAGUUGAAGCAUAUUUUUAAUUUGAUAACAAUGGAUGUUGAUGCAGUAGCGAGAUCGUUUGGUCUCAAAGAAAGACCCGACGUCGAUGUUCGGAUAGGAUUCAGUAAAAAGCAUAGGCCAAGAAAAAGAAUGGCAGCCAUGCUAGCUGAACAAUCUACAGGAAAUAUAAAACGUAUAAAAUAAUACGAGUAUCAAAUGAAACUUUAUCUGUUAAUAAAAUAUAAUAGGUAUUUUAAAUGUUGAAUAAAACAAUUACGAAGUAAA